AUUUUGUUUAGUCCUACUGCAUGUAUACAUUUGUAUACUUAUGCAGUGUUGUGAAAAAAUUGAAGCUAUAAAUUGAUAAUAUUUAAUAUGUAGCUAUCAAUGGAGUUUAGGACACACAUUUUGUCCUGUCUGCAGAUCAUCAGCUGGGUGUACUUAGAUUCCGGUGUUGAUGUUCACACUGACUCAAACUCUGUACUUUUCUUUUCGAGUGAUUAUCAUGUUAUCCAUUGAGCUAAGUUCAACGAUCAACUCAACAAUUCAACAGCCUAUGCGAGUAACUUAUGCUAAAAAAGAUUCGCAACAAAUUAUCUGUUUGAAAGGUGUCAGUGCUGAAGUUCAAAAGAGACGUGAAGAAGAACGCGAAAAACGUAAACGAAAGAAAAUGGCACAACGUGCUGCAGCGGUAGCAGCGGCUUUACAAGCAGCUAAUCAAUCAGUAAAUGGUCCAGCGGGUACCGGUGGAGAUAUCAAUGCAUUGUUAGAUCAACCAAAUCAUAUUUUAUUUGUUAGCAAUUUACCAGAAGAAACUACUGAUGCUAUGCUUACAAUGUUAUUUAGUCAAUUCUCUGGAUUUAAAGAGGCUAGACGUGCUGCUGGUGGUGUUGGUUUUGUUGAAUAUGAUACUGAAUCACAAGCUGCUGCUGCGCGAUCUGCUUAUGAAGGAUUUAAACUGACACCGACUCAUGCUAUGCAAAUUACAUUUGCUAAGAAAUAA